AUGCUUCUUCAAAUCUCAUUCAUCCUCUUGUUAUCCCUUGUGCCCACCUCGCGUUCGCAAUCCUUCCAACCAUGUCCCAUCCUUGGUCCACGGUUUCCCCUUCCUACCGGUCUGGCGAGUGACAGUAUUGUUCAAUCUGCGCUGAAAAAUGCCACUGCCACACUUGAUGAACUUGUUUCCACCUCCAACAGCACCUAUGGGACCAUUUCUUCAAACACGACAUCUUUCUCCAUCGGCCUGUUCACUUCAAAUGACCCUCUCAACUUUUCACAUCCAUUCUUUUAUGAGUACAAUUAUGCGGCACCCGCUUUGUCCAAAACAAAACUGGGAACGUCGAAACUUAACUCAGAGACCCUUUUCCGUAUCGGCACGGUCACGGAAGUUUUCACGGUCUGGGUGUUUCUCAUCGAGGCCGGGGAAGCAUAUUGGAUCGACCCGAUCACGAAAUACAUACCAGAAUUGGUGGAGGGGAAUGGUCAGAUCGCAUUUGGACACUUUUCCUGGGAGGAUGUCACACUUGGUGACCUUGCGCGACACCUUUCAGGAGUACCUCGAGAUUACGGCAUCGCCGAUCUGAGCACGCGGAACUUUUCUCUUCCCAAUGCGUUGGUGAUUGCGAAUCGCUCUGGCUGUCUACAGCCAACUUAUUUCUUCAGGGACCUGAGCGGACGAUACCCCAUUUAUCUCCCGGGCACAACUCCGAUAAUGUCGAAUACGGCUUUUCAACUGCUCGCUUAUGCCCUGGAGGGCAUCAAACAGCAACCAUACGAUGCCAUGUUCAACAAAACAGCCACGUCAAUAGGAUUAUCACGCAGUAGCUUGCGUUAUCCACUAAGCACCAGAAAUGCUAUCAUUCCGGGGGCAAAUGAGAGCGUGAGCGGCUGGUCUACUGACUUUGGCGGCGAAGACCCGGCCAUCGCAAUGUAUUCUACAAUCACCGAUAUCUCAAGAGCAGGAAUAGCGAUGCUUAAUUCCACAUUGAUCUCAUCUGCUAUGACACGUAGAUGGCUCAAACCAACCGCACACACGUCAAAUCUGGUGAAUGACGCCGGUCGCCCCUGGAUUAUCUACAAAUCCACCAAGGAUCAGAGUCCCAUCAAUCCUGUCAUUGAUAUCUAUACUAGCUAUGGCUCGGUGGGCCUUUACAGCUCAUAUUUCGGGCUUGUGCCUGAUUAUAAUGUCGGCUUCGUCAUCCUCGCAGCAGAUGAAGCGUCCGCACCAGAUCUUAAUGUCCAUGUCGAUAUUGUCGCCGACAUGCUCCUACCGGGCCUUGAGAAAGCAGCGAUCAGUCAGGCAGGGUCUAUUUACUCGGGAGAGUACAGAUCAAACCAAACAGCUGCAUCUCUGAUCAUUGAAAAGCCGGAUGGCAUGCCUGGCCUGUCCUUAUCCAACUUCACGAUGGGAUCCAAAGACAUUCGCAAAGAACUUGCAACAGUCGCCGGAAUUUCUCCAUCAGCGUUGAGUAUCAGGCUUUACCCAACGGAUUUGAUCGAGAGAACCACAUCUGGAGGAACCAAGAUUGCCUUCCGAGCUGUUUUCCAGGACGAAAGCGCCGCCAUUGACGCCGGAACUCCAACGUGCAUCACCUGGUUGAGCGUCGGUGCACUGAGUUACUACGGAAAACCCCUGGAUUUAUUCAUUUUCAAUCUGAGUGAGGGACAGACGAGCCUUGAGAUCCCAGCAUUCAACCUGGACAUGAUCAAAGAGCGGUAG